UCAAAACUGUGAAAAAUGUUUGAAUUUUUUUUUUACAGUGUAAUACUGAUGUCCUAACUAUUAGCAGUGCUGGGGGCCCAGUACCAAGACUGUGCGGUACAAAUAGUGGAUACCAUAUGUACGUUGAAUACCACGGUGGAUCCUGUAUUGAUGUUGCAAUAACUCAGGGAUCAGCAACAUAUUCGCGAGGAUGGGAUAUAACAAUGACUCAAAUAGUUUGUCCCAGCACCCAUGCUCCUCCUACAGGGUGUACACAGUAUUUUACCGGAACAUCUGGAACUAUUGAAAGCUUUAACUUUGCUCUGAAAACACAUCUUUCUAAUCUGAAUUACAAGAUCUGUGUACGACGAGAGAGGUUGUACUGUACAAUAACCUGGACUGCUCCAACCUUCAGCUGGUCUGGGAAGACAGGAGUUCUUUCUCCCGCUCUGCUUGUGGGAGAUGCAGUGAGUCAAAGAUUAGUUAACAAUAACAGAUAG